AUGGACCCUGCUGUUGGAUAUCUAAAGGCCAGGACACUCUUAGAAGACAGAUUUGGGAGUAGAUUUAAGAUCAGUCAAGCAUGGGUGAGGAAGGUCACAAGCGGACCAAACUUGAGACCCACUGACAAAUCAGGACUGCAGAGAUUUUCUGAUGACCUCAAGAUCUGCAACACCACCCUUCAAGCAUUGGGAAUGAUGUCUGAGGUGAGCAACCAACAACAUAUGAUGAAGAUUAUUGAGAGGCUGCCGUAUUACUUGAAGAGUAGAUGGCUACGAGUCGUAAAGGACAUUCGUCAUCAUGGUCGUGCACCAAACAUCACUGACGUGGUUAACUUUGUCUCGGAUGCAGCUGAAGAGGUUAAUGACCCUGUGUUUGGAGCCUUGGUUGAGGUGAAGAGAGAAUAUCCUCCCUCUAGACAGCCUGUUAAGCAGAAGACUACUACUAGUUCCUUCACAACAUCUGCAGAUGACAAUAACAACAAGACAUUCAAGCGCAAAUGUUAUUUGUGCAAAGCGGAACACAGUCUCUUUGGAUGUGAUACGUUCAAGAAGAUGACUCCUGCUGAAAGAUUGCAGUUUGCGAAGAAAGCUGGUGUCUGCUUCAAUUGCCUGGUCAAAGGUCACAUGACAAAAGAUUGUUACUUGAAGAGGACUUGUACAGUUGACGGAUGUGGCAAGAAACACACAAAGUUCCUUCACAUAGCUCCUGGUAAACAACAGCAAGCAGGAAUUUCCCAACAACAAGCACAGUUUGAUUCUCAAUACCAGCCUGAUCAGCAACCUCUUGGUACACAAAGUCACGUCACAGGGGCCGGUAAAUUGAAGGUGGCUCUUCCCAUUCUACCAGUACGGGUCUAUUCAUCUGAGGAUGACUUUACUGUUGACACAUUUGCCAUGCUUGAUCCAGGUUCGACGACCUCCUUUUGUACAGAAGACUUACGCAGAAGACUUCAUGCUACCGGGAAGAAAAGAACACUUUCUCUGUCAACUCUGGAGCAUGCAAACAACCAGUUGGAAUGCCUGGAAAUUAGUCUUACAGUUCAGGCCCAUGAUACAGAUGAACUCGUCACCCUUCCUCAUGUUUACACCAAGAAGGCUAUCAAUAUAAGCUGCAAUAAUGAGGACCCUCCUAGACUACCAGAUAGCCGUCCUAUGGCUGAAUCAAGAUUGCAGUCACUUGGUAAAAGGUUGGCAAAGGAUGAACGACUGCACACCAAAUAUAAGGAGGGAAUUGCAGAUUUGCUCCAACAAAACUUUGCAGAAGAGGUCCCAUAUCAGGAAGAAGACAGCAAUGGUCCUACUUGGUAUCUGCCCCAUCAUCCUGUGUUUAACCCCAAGAAGCCAGACAAAACAAGAAUUGUUUUUGACUGUGCUGCAAAGUCUCAGGGACGGUCUUUGAAUGAUGCUGUUAUGCAAGGCCCAGACAUGACAAACAAGCUGCUUGGAGUUCUCCUGCGCUUUAGACAAGAACCUGCCGCCAUGAUGGCUGAUAUCCAAGCCAUGUUCCACCAAGUCCGUGUACCACAAGCAGAGCGUGAUGUGCUCAGAUUCCUCUGGUGGCCAGAAGGUAACUUGGAACUACAACCCAAGCUAUUUCGAAUGUGUGUACAUCUAUUUGGCGGAACAUGGAGCCCCAGUGUUUGCAGUUACGCUCUGAAGAGGACGGCAGAGGACCAUCACGAAGAAUACAGCCCUGAAGCAGUGACAGCUGUUGCGCAUAACUUCUAUGUUGAUGAUUGCCUUAUUUCCUGUGAAAAUGAAGAAAAGGCAAUAACUGUUGCAGCAGAGUUAAGGAACCUACUGGAAAAGGGUGGUUUCAAGUUGACGAAGUGGGCAAGCAAUAGCUCGAAAGUCCUUACAUCAAUUCCUAAGGAAGACAGAGCCAAGCAAGUUAAAGGCUUGGAUCUCAACUGUGACAUCCUGCCUAUUGAGAGGGCCCUUGGAGUUGAAUGGAAUACUGAACUGGACUGCUUCAGCUAUUACAUCACUCCCAAGGAUAAACCACUGACUCGUCGAGGAUUGUUAAGUGAAGUAGCGUCUGUGUAUGAUCCGUAUGGAUUUGCUGGCCCGUUCAUCUUGUAUGCCAAAGGAUUGCUACAGGGACUGACAGCCAUGAAAUUGGGAUGGGAUGAUCCCAUUCCAGAUGAAUAUCGGGUCAGAUGGCAAAAAUGGAAGGCUGAGCUAUCUCAGAUGGAAGAUGUAAAAAUCAACCGAUGCUACAAGCCUUAUGACUUAUGGUGGAAAAUCAACUUCAUCAUUUCUGUGAUGCUUCAGAGAAAGCAUAUGGGGUAG